CCAUUAACCAGUACACGCUAUAUACCUCGUAAUAACGCAGCCGACAGAAUAUAUUUCGUAAGAACAACGCUGAAGGUUGAACAGCGAACGCGCACACUAAUUGCAGACAGUACUCCCGCGGACUUGACGUGUAACAUAGUUACUAAACGAUUUUGUUUUUAUUCGGUAACUGCCUAUUGUAGUCUUCGAUUUGUGUUGUCGCUGUCACUCGAUUACAGACAAUACCAGUAAAAUACUCCAACGGUAUUUGAAGGUCGUAUUGAUAAUAUUAUUGUAUCAUAAUAUAAUGCAGUUCAACAACUACCACGACGAGGCGCAGAAGACCGAUGGCGACGCGCCGCCGCCGGCCGAGGGACGCAUGGACGUCGGCGAAACAUCGGAGUGUAAACAAAGAUUUGGACGGCACGACGCUCACAAACGUCACGAUACAAUGGGUGAAAUUGUACAAAGUGGUACUGAUACUAUGAAGUUUAAGUACAAUCACGACAAUGAUUUCGUUGAUAGCCGGUUCAAAGAAUUGAUCCCACAUCCUGAAGUCGUUGGUGAACUUCAAACUGACAAGUAUGGGAACUCUGUGAAACGGGAUCUCAAAUUCCAUCACAGCACUCUAUGGUAAUAAAUACAUACAGAAAUAAUCAACGGCCUAUAUUUAAUAAUUUGACUCACUUUCACUUAAUCCAUAUUAUUUUUAAAAAUAAUAUGCAAAUACAAGUCUUAAAAAUUAAUUUGAAGUAGAUAGUUAUUUUUGAGAACAAUAUAUUAUUAUUUGUACUGAAUAACUAGUAGUUUCAUUGCUAUAAUUUUUAUUAUAUGACAAAGUGUUCAUCUUGUUGAAUAAUACAAUAUUUGAAUUCA